CGGAGGUGAUAUGUAAUCACACGAAGCGUUCAAAUAAUCUAACACACACCUCGAAUACUGCGCUUUUCAUGCAAAAGUACUGUAUUGAAUUGAGUGUUAGUUUUUUCAGGCACAUUUUCCAGGCGCCCUUUCUGCGCGCGGUGCAUUGCGGGAGCGUCGCGUCUCUUGUAUCGAGCGAAACCGAUUGCCUAUACCGUAGUCUGAAGUAAGGUGUGCUAGCUGUUGUGUGUGCCGGUGACGUUUUGUUUUUUUAAACAUGUCGGUGCGGGAAUCUUUUAACCCGGAGAGUUAUGAACUGGACAAGAACUUCAGACUAACACGCUUCACAGAGCUCAAGGGGACGGGCUGCAAAGUUCCUCAAGAUGUGCUCCAGAAACUUCUAGAAUCCCUGCAGGAAAACCAUUAUCAGGAAGAUGAGCAGUUCCUUGGGGCUGUAAUGCCCAGACUAGGCAUUGGUAUGGACACCUGCGUGAUCCCGUUGAGACAUGGAGGCUUGUCGCUUGUACAGACCACAGACUACAUCUACCCCAUAGUGGAUGAUCCAUAUAUGAUGGGAAGAAUUGCUUGUGCCAAUGUGCUGAGUGACCUAUACGCCAUGGGAGUAACAGAAUGCGAUAACAUGCUGAUGCUGCUCGGUGUCAGCAACAAGCUCACAGAGAAGGAGCGUGAUAAGGUCAUGCCGCUGGUCAUCCAGGGGUUUAAGGAUGCAUCAGAGGAAGCAGGGACCUCUGUAACAGGUGGUCAGACGGUUAUAAAUCCGUGGAUUGUCCUGGGAGGUGUAGCCACAACAGUGUGCCAACCUAAUGAGUUCAUUAUGCCAGAUAAUGCAGUACCAGGCGAUGUGCUGGUUCUCACUAAACCUCUAGGAACACAAGUGGCAGUCGCAGUGCACCAGUGGCUGGAUAUU